UGUUUAAUAUUUUUCUAUAAUUUAAUGUAUGAGAGCCUAAUACCUGAAUGUAUUGGCAAUAUACAGUAUACCAAGGCUGUUUUAUUUGGCAGAGCGGUAAAUGACUUCUCAGUACAGUUAAAGAGAUGGAAGCUGUGAUGAGUCUUGAGCUACAGCUGGAUAAAGUUUCUCAAGAAAAAAGGGAAGAGGACUACUGAACUAAACUGUCAGCCACCGCCAGGCCCCACCUCUCCCGGAGCCGCGGACAUCUCACCGCCCCAAGAGGGAGCCCAGCCCACGACUUUGGCCGCUAGAAGCGCCCGCACGCACUAAAGCGCCUCCUACCGCGUGCCUCCAGAGCUUCUGAGAGGCGGACCCGCGCCUACUGCGCAGGUGCAGGAAGCUGGCCCAGAGUUUGGAGCCAGGCCCUCGCAAUUACGUCUCUGCCUCCGCAGGCGCUGCGAGCAGUUUACUUUUGAACAGGGGCCCCGCGCUCUUUCCCAUUGGCGGAUGCUACGCAGUUGAAUGUUGCCAGGAGACUGCGCCUGCGCCCUGAGGCUCCGCGAGGCCCCGCCCCAUCUGGGCACCUGAAAUCCCUCAGGGCGGAGGAGGGCGGGGACGCAGAGCAUCUCGGGGACGCCUAGCCUGGAGGCCGUAGAGCAGUUUCUGCCUGUGGAGUAGCUCUGUCUCUUCCUCCCCGGGAAUACGAAUAAAAGAAUCUGAAAAAGUUGGAGAAGAUAAAGUAUAUUCAGUCGCUAAGCCAGAAGAUCAACAAAGUAGGAAAUGCACAAUUUUGAGGACGAGUUAACAUGUCCCAUUUGUUACAGUAUUUUUGAAGAUCCUCGUGUACUACCAUGCUCUCAUACGUUUUGUAGAAAUUGCUUGGAAAAUGUUCUUCAAGCAUCUGGGAACUUUUAUAUAUGGAGACCUUUACGAAUUCCACUCAAGUGCCCCAAUUGCAGAAGUAUUAUUGAAAUUGCUCCGAGUGGUAUUGAAUCUUUACCUGUUAAUUUUGCAUUAAGGGCUAUAAUUGAAAAGUACCAGCAAGAAGACCAUCCAGAUAUCGUUACCUGUCCUGAUCAUUACAGACAACCAUUAAAUGUUUACUGUCUCCUAGAUAAAAAAUUAGUUUGUGGUCAUUGCCUUACCAUAGGUCAACAUCAUGGUCAUCCCAUAGAUGAUCUUCAGAGUGCCUAUCUGAAAGAAAAGGAUACACCUCAAAAACUGCUUGAACAGUUAACUGACACACACUGGACAGAUCUUACUCGUCUUAUUGAAAAGCUGGAAGAACAGAAAUCUCAUUCAGAGAAGAUGGUCCAAAGUGAUAAGGAAGUUGUUCUCCAGUAUUUUAAGGAGCUUAGUGAUACAUUAGAACAGAAAAAAAAAACCUUCCUAGCUGCUCUUGGUAAUGUUAGCAAUCUGAUUAAUCAAGAAUACACUCCACAAAUUGAAAGAAUGAAAGAAAUAAGAGAGCAGCAGCUUGAAUUAAUGACACUGACAACAUCUUUACAGGAAGAGUCUCCACUGAAAUUUCUUGAGAAAGUUGAUGAUAUCCGCCAACAUGUACAGAUUUUGAAACAAAGACCACUUCCUGAGGUUCACCCUGUUGAAAUUUAUCCUCGAGUAAGCCAAAUACUGAAAGAAGAUUGGAGCAGAACAGAAAUUGGACAAAUUAAGAAACUUCUCAUUCCUGAAAUGAAAAUUUCUUCAAAGAGGAUGCCAUGUUCCUGGCCUGAUAAGGAUGAAAAAGAAGUCGAAUUUUUUAAGAUUUUAAACAUCGUUAUAGUUACAUUAAUUUCAGUGAUACUGAUGUUGAUCCUUUUUUUUAACCAACACAUAAUCACCUUUUUAAAUGAAAUCACUUCAAUAUGUUUUUCUGAAGUCUCUCUAUCUGUUUACCAAAGUUUAUCUAACAAUUUGCAUGAUUUAAAGAAUAUGCUAUGUCACACUUUCUAUUUACUGAAGGAAUGCAUGUGGAAAAUAUUUUCUCAUUGAAAAUUCAAAUCUGAAUUGCUUAAAUAGGCUUAUUCUGUACAGCAGAGACCAACAAUUGCUAAAGGGAGAAAUAGGGUAGCAUGGAUAAAUAGCAAACUAAAUUAUCAGAGUUGCAAAUACAAAUACAUAGAAAUGUUAAAUCAUCCAUGUGUCUUAGAUGGAAAUAUGUCAGAAAUGACACAGAAUGUGUCUAAACUAGAAUAUCUAGUAACUAAUACAUUAUCCUAUUUUAUUUUGCUUGGCGCUGACUUUAUCACUGUGACAUUGAAAUAUUUCUGUACCAAUCCUGUCUUUUAGCAUUAUUAUUUCUUUUACAUCAUCAUAUGCUGCAGUGGUUGGUUAGUGUUGCAGUUCUUUAUGUAUACAUAGCUUUUAGGUUAAAAGAUGGCAAAAUCCCUCAAGUGCAUAUAUACCUUUAUUUUGAUGUGGCCCCGGAGCCUUUGGGCAAAACCAGGAGGGUGAGUAGAGGUUUUAAUUCAAGCAGCAGUCUAAAAGUGGUAAGGGAUUGCUUACAUUAAGGUUAUUUCUGAUCAAACAUACAUGAUACAUUAAUGUAUUUUAGAUAAACAUUGCAUUAAAUCAACGUUCAUUCCUAACAAACUGCUGAUUUUGGAAAUGUGUUAGGGAACAGUGACCUUUCAAAUAAUGGUCUUUAUGGUUUGUAUAAAUGACUUUUGGUUAGUGCUUUAUUUAGUCUUACCAAUUUUUGGAUAAAAGCUCUAAAAACAUGUUAUUAGAAUAGUAUAUUGUUGAUAUAUUCCAUCCUCAUUAGAGUUAGGUGGCAUCAUGUUAACUAUAUUCGUCUUAAAAAUGGUCUUAAGUUUUCUGCGAUUUGCUUAUGUGAAUAUCAAAGUACCAAUAAUUUAAUCUUUUCUUGAAUUUUGCUUAAAUGGGAGUCUGUAGUUAUUAAGUCAAAUCCCUUUAAUUAGUUCCCUUAUUAACAGGGACUGGAAUUGUGCUUGUGGUAGGACUUUUGGCUCUUUUGUCCAUGGAACUGUAAAUACAAGGUUAUUUGCUUUCCAGAAAUCCUAAA